CCUCCAAUACACCAGCGCGAAAAUUAAAAUUGAAAACAAGUGUUAAAAUUAAAGGAAAUGUCUUCUCAUAAACGAAAAAUGUCGACAACCGCUGCUAGAAAACGAAGAAAAAUGAGUUUUGAAAUGUUAGCUGAAUCCGAACGGCAGUCAGAAGUUUCAAUAGCGAACAAGUCAAAUUCUUUAGAAGAGCAAAUACCGAACGCUCAGUCAAGAAAAGAAACCACCAUAGUUGACAACCCACCCUCACCUACUGAUUUAUUUGACGUUAGUGACAUCACAGUACAUUCGGAGACGAUCGAUUUAUUUGAUUCAGACAUUUUUGAAACAAGCGUAAAACAAAAAAGUGCGGAUGUUAGCAAAAAUGAAGCAAAACAACUUAGAGAGGGCAUGAAGUUUAAUGACAUUGACAUUGUCCCAUCUAACCAACAACAACAACAACAACAACAAGAAAAACAGCAAGAACAACAAAAUGAUUCAACUUUUGGAGACAUGGAUUUAUCUUUAUUAGAACGUCAAUGUUUGUUAGAAAUGAAAGAAAAGGAAAAUAAAAAUCACAUAAAAACUCCGGUCAAAACCAAGACACCAAUCGCUCAAUCAACACCACAAGUUAAAGCUGGAAACGUGAGUGGUUUAGCACGAAGAAUGAAAGACAGGUUGUUAGAAAAUGCUCAUCGGACCCCAACUAGUAAAACAAGCAACAUACUACGUACCAAACCGCCCCAUCCACCCACACAACAAUUAUUAACUCAAGAUAUUGGGCCUUACUAUGGAUUGCCUUCUAAAGUUAAAACUUUAUUAGGAACUUUAAGAGGGAUAAAGUCUGUUUAUGAUUGGCAGCAUAAGUGUCUGACACUCGAUGGUGUCAAAGAGGGGAGGAAUUUAAUUUACUCACUGCCAACUAGUGGUGGUAAAACAUUGGUCGCCGAAAUUUUAAUAUUCCGUGAAUUAUUAUGUAAGAAGAAAGAUGCUGUGUUUGUUCUACCAUUUGUGGCAAUUGUGCAAGAAAAGAUCCAAAGCCUCGCACAGUUUGCUGUCGAACUUGGUUUCUUAGUUGAAGAAUAUGCUGCAGGCAAAGGGAGGUUUCCACCAAGGAAAAGAAGGAAACGGAAUGUUCUUUAUGUUUGUACGAUUGAGAAAGCAAAUACGCUGGUAAAUUCAUUGGUUGAAGCCUCACGGUUGAGUGAGCUUGGUUUAAUAGUUGUUGAUGAGCUUCAUAUGAUCGGGGAGGGGGGUAGGAGGGGAUCAACCAUUGAAACUAUGCUUACUAAGGUUAUGCAUGUAUCAGGUUCCACUCAAAUCAUUGGUAUGUCCGCAACAUUAAGCAAUCUUCCUGAUCUACAAAAGUUUUUGAACGCUGACGUUUUUACCGACAACUUUCGUCCCGUGGCAUUGGACGAGUUCGUCAAAGUUGCUGACUCAGUGUUUAAAGUUGACUCAGCAACUUUAUGUCCAGAGGAAAGACUGGAAUUCCAUCGGAUGAUUGGCCACCAGACUAAAGAAAUUGCAAAAGGAGAUACAGACCAUAUUGUAAGCCUUGUAUUAGAAGUUAUACCCCAACAUUCUUGUCUCAUAUUCUGCCCAACCAAGAAAAAUUGUGAAAAUGUUGCUAAGAUGAUAUGUAAGCUAUUACCAAGGAAUUUCCUGGAGCAAAAAGUAAAACAAAAGAUCUCUAUGUUGGAAGGUUUAUGUAACGAGGGUGAGAUCUGCCAAGUAUUGAGAGGUGCCAUCCCAUAUGGUGUCGCUUACCACCAUAGUGGUUUAACAACAGACGAGCGUCGUAUAAUCGAAGAUGGAUAUCGUAACGGAGUUCUAUCAGUGAUUACAUGCACAUCUACCCUUGCAGCUGGUGUUAAUCUGCCUGCAAGAAGAGUCAUCAUACGCUCGCCUCACAUUGGUCGAAGCUUCAUGUCACGAUCUCAAUACAAGCAAAUGAUUGGUCGAGCUGGGAGGGCGGGGAUCGACACCAAAGGUGAAAGUUUUCUCAUCGUUUCAAAACCUCAGGAUCAAGUAAAGGUAGUAGACUUGAUAGGAGGACCAGUGGAAACUUGUAUCAGCAGCCUCAUGUAUGAUUCUGGGAAAGGAUUUCGGACUUUGCUGCUUAAUCUUAUUGGUUUAAAGAUAAUCACAAAGACCUCAGACGUUUUAAACUUUUUCUCAAAAACUUUUUUUUCAACUCAAAUAUCAACGAUUCAAGAAAAGAAACCUCAUUUACUCGAAACAGACGAAUCCACAAAUGUAGAAUCUCUAUCAGCUUCAACAACUGAACAUCUACUCAGUGUCAACAUGAUUCGAAUGGAUGAGUCUACAAACGAUGGAAGUUUUCAAGUUACUAAACUCGGAAAUGCAACCUUUAAAUCUUCAAUUGAUUAUGACAUCAGCAAUCAGCUUUAUGAUGAUUUAAAGAAUGGAUUACAAGGUCUUGUGUUGGAAAACUACCUUCAUUUAUUGUACCUGGUAACUCCAUAUGACACAAUGGUGUCACCUGAUUGGAUGGUUUAUUUAAAUGAAAUCAAUCGACUGGAACCGGGUGAAUUAGCUGCAGCGACAGUUAUUGGGAUCGAGGAGUGUUACAUCACAAUGCGGGCGUCUGGAAGAAACCCAAGGAAAAAAAAAGCCAACCAACCAAAGAUUGACAGAUUCUACGUCACCCUAAUGCUUAACCUUCUAUUUAAAGGAAAGUCAGUAUGGGAGGUUUCAACAAGGUUUGAUCAACCUCGUGGUUUUCUACAAAAUCUUCUCUCAAACGCCGCUGCUUUUGCUUCACAUAUUCUCUUAUUUACAAAGGAAUUAGAUGAGUUAUGGGCUUACCAAUCGUUAAUUGAAAAGUUGAUACAAGUUUUACAAUAUUGCACUGUAGCUGAGUUGGUGCCGCUCAUGGAAAUCCCGGGAGUUCGCAUGACACGAGCUAAGCAGCUAUUAAGUAGUGGUUUCAAAACACUGGCUCACAUUGCUACGGCUCAACCGGGAGCAUUAUGUCAAUCCAUUGACCAUCUAUCUAGAAAACAAGCAGCUCAACUGAUAGCAUCAGCAAAGAUAUUACUUGAAGAGAAAGUUGAAUCCCUUCAAGAAGAAGUUGAAGACCUUAAAGCUGUAACAACAUAACUUUUAUAUUGUUUCUAUUCCUUAACUUGAUUUAUAUAUCAUUUCUAUGAAAUUAUAUGUCAGUAUUUCAGUAUUUAAUUACAAAUUAGAAACUGCCUAA